AUGCCACCAACACACAUCUCGGGUACUUCGCGGGCCCUGUACCGUGUCUUCAUCGCGCCAAACCUACGCAACACAACUUCCAUCCCACUUCUCUACGCCCCAGCAUUUGCGCCGACAUCGUCUCCCACCUCCCUCUCCUCGUCCACACCUAGUCUCACGAGCCGGACCUCCACCCGCGGCAUAAAGUACACGAAAGACACACGCCGCCAUGCCAUCUCCGACUACUACGUCAUCGACCAAGCCAUCGAAGCCGACAUCAUCAACCUCGUAGACGAAGAGGGCGUUUUCCACAACAACGUCCCACUCGACGAGGCGCUGACAAGUUUCAACAAAGUCACCCACCACCUCGUACAAAUGACACCGGGAAAAUACGACGAAGAUGGAAACCUAGACCCCAACAGCCUACCAACAUGCCGCGUCAUUUCUAAAAUCGAUCUCCGCGCACAGCAUCAAAAGAAGCUCGAGACGCUACGACGGCAAGCCAAGGGUCAGGGCACAGGACCUGCUACAAAAUCGCUAGAACUGAACUGGGCGAUAGCAGCGGGCGACCUGAAGCACAGACUGGUGGCUAUGAAGAAGUUUCUGAAGGAGGGGCGCAAGGUCGAGGUUACACUCGGGCCGAAGAAGCAUGGCAGGAAGGCGACAGAGCAAGAAGCGAAUGCGGUUUUCAAGGCAAUUGAGAACGCGGUGGCGGAUUGUAAGGGAGCUCGGGAGACGAAGAGAGAGGGCGAGGUUGGCGGCAUUAUGACGGUCAUGUAUGAAGGUAAGAAGGUGGAGAAGAAGGAGGGUGAUGAUGAGGCGGCUUGA